AUGGGGGCAGCCGAGUUAUUUACUCGUAGCGGGGAUGACAAGGCAGUUUGCCCUAUGCCGGCUCAUCUGGUCCCUGACGCGCCUGAAAAGUUUAUCGGGGAUUACUCCUUUCACGAAUUUAAUGAGAUACUCUCUGGUUGCUGCUCCGCAAUUACUUGUUUGGUGAUUUUCGCGGUCAUGGCUCGGCAUGCACUGCGAUACAGUGACCCAAACCAACAGGUUAAAAUUAUGAGAAUUGCUACACUUUCCCCCCUAUAUACGAUCUAUUCAUUGCUUUCAAUAUGCUUUCCCAACGCAUAUGUCUAUAUGAAUGGAUGGACAAAGUUUAUCCAAGGUCUUGCCAUGUAUUGGUUUCUCAUGUUGCUUUGCGAUUUUAUGGCACCAAAUGACCGGCAUAGACCGGAGUUCUUUGCGUCUCUGCGUGUUCCAAACACAUACACCAAAGGAACAUCGGACGGAUUGUCAUUCUUGAAGAGAACCUGGAUUUCCGUUCUCCAGUAUCCAAUUGUCGCAUUCAUUCUCGCCAUAGUUCAAAGCGUCACCCAAGCGCAGGGAACUUACUGCCUCGAAGGAAAGGGUGCUCAUUUUUCUAAAAUCUACAUUACUGUCAUUAAUAUCAUUUCGCUAUAUAUGGCUAUUUUCAACAUAAUCAGGUUCCACAAACACCUGAAGUCCUACAUGGGAGAAAACAAGCCUAUGCAGAAGCUCAUAGCAUUCAAGAUGGUUGUUGGUCUUGAGUUCUUAGAACAGAUCAUCUUUAUGAUCCUCGACGCCACCAACACCCUCAAGCCCUCCGCUACCUUGAGCUAUGCAGACAUUAUCAUUGGUAUUCCCACCAUGAUCAUCUGUCUGCAGGUGGUCCCAUUUGCAUUCUUCUUUUUCCACGCCUUUAACCUCAAGCCAUACACAAAGGCGAAUACUACACGCGCUAGUGACGGUUCUCAGCAAUACCUCGCAGUAGACGGCAAUGAGGCCGGCAGUCCCCUCGGAAAGCGCUACAAGGGUGGUCCUUUGGGAAUCUAUGCCUGGAUCGAAUUGUUCAACCCAGGAGAGCUCUACCACAGCAUCAGAAACACAUGGAGGAUGUUCCGUGAAGCUAAGAUGGGAAAGAGUGAAAUGAACCUCAACCCUGAACCUUAUGCUUAA